GUCGUCGCACCGCAACUCGCACGACCGCACUCGCGCGCUCAAUCAGCUGUUCUCGACACGACUCCGCGAGGAAACUCGAGCCCUAGAUAAGCCGCUGUGCGGUGUAGCAUGGAGCUGUUGUGCGCGGAACGCGUGAGUCCCGGCAGCGAGCGGGCGAAGGCCGGGCCGACGCCCGCCGCCGCCGCCGAUCCCGUGCUGCUGCGCCGGCGCGUGCUGGACAACCUAUUGCGAACCGAGGAGCGCUACGCCGUCACCGCCAAUUACUUCGGCACCGUGCAGACCGAGAUCACCCCUCAUAUGCGCCGAGUGGUCGCCGAGUGGAUGUUAGAGGUCUGCGAAGAUCAAAACUGUCAGGAAGAGGUGUUUACACUGGCGAUGUCCUACCUAGAUCGCUUCCUUAGUACCUGCACGGUUGGGAAAAGUCAGCUCCAACUACUGGGCACGGCCUGUUUGCUGCUAGCGUCCAAGCUACGGGAACCAAGUUCGCGAGGCCUCCCUGCAGAUUUACUGGUCUUCUACACGGCAAACAGCAUUACGAUUUCGGAUUUAUGCAGCUGGGAAUUGCUUGUGCUGUCGAAACUGAAAUGGGACGUCGCAGGAGUGACGGCUCACGAUUUUCUGCCACUCCUGAUAUCACGACUGCCACUCCGAGGUGGACGUGUCACCAGUGAAAUGGUGCAGAGGCACGCCCAGACCUUCAUCACGGUAGCUGUGCGAGAUUACGAGUUCACGUUAUACUCGGCCAGCACACUUGCGGCGUGCAGCAUUGCGGCUGCUUUGCGAGGCCUGGAAUUGGACGGCCACCUGCCUCGAUUACAUGAACUGACAGGCAUCGACUUGGACUGCUUACAAACAUGCCUGGAGCAAAUUGAGGAGCUGGUGCAGGGUUUGAUUGAACGUGUAGUGUCUGUCCCAAACGGACAGAGCCGGGAGGCGUCAGGCUGGACGCCUCCUCCGACCCAAGACAAGCCCCACAAUAACGCUGCCACACCCACCGACGUCAGAGAUGUCCACUUCUGAAAUUGUGGCCCCGAGUAAAUACAAUCGUGGGCCGUCGCUUUAACUUCGGUGCAGUACGAAAAUACUAUAAACUAGAACAUUUGAACGGUGUUUCCGUGAUCGAGGACUGAUACCAAGACUGACAAUGUGUCUAACAUAAGUACCUACUACUUAUCGUGUAUAAUGUUAAUUUAAGAACGAAGUUUAUCUUAAUAGUUGACGUCGUUUGGCCCUUUGUGCUUCUUGUAAAAUAUCGGAGGAUAUUAAUCACCGAUACAAUUUUCUCUUAGUUCAUAAUAGGUAUCUUGAAAUUACGAUCUACCUCUUUAUUUAUAGGAAACAAUUUUCAUUAUCGCCUGAAACGAUAAUACGAUACAUUUAUUAUUUUAUAUAAGGUUUUGCUAAUAGAUAAUCAAACUAUCUAAUCUAACUAACAAUUAUAACGAAAUUGUUACAUCAAAAGUCACGGGACCAAAGUUAAUUCUUCGUAGAGAGAACAUACGAGAUCCACUUAAUGAAGUAUUUCGUAUUGCAGACAUAUAUUAUUAUAUUCUUCCCAAAUAACAGUAAAAGUAUAUCGGGGGAAAGCAAUUUGUUACGCUUGAAAGUGGCAACUUUAAAUAUUAUAUUCAAGAUUUAAAAUACAUUACAUACACUUGCUAUUAAUAUACAGUAUAUAUAUAUAUAGAUUAUUUGAUAUAUCAUAGUAGAAGGACAAGGGCUACAUGAAAGUUAUAUUAUUUAUAAGACGACAAAAUAAAGAUAGUUCUUAAAUUGUUCAGAAUCGUUGUUCCUUUAUGACACUGAACCAACAAGUAGUUUUAAGUGCCUAAUAUAUAAUGUGAUAGUUUAACUAACAGUUUAAACUUGAUUUCAUAGUCACUUCCAGUCAUAAUAUGUUAACGUAGGAGUACUAUGUUCUGUUGUAAGGUAAUAUAAGCAAAAUCUGAAAUAAAAGAAUUGUGAUUCAAUUAUUAUUAAUAGAAUAUAUUAGAUUUAGUGUUUCCAUACAAUAUUGUUCCUAAUACUUUGACUUUGGAAAUGGUUAAACACGCGGCAUGAGAUAUUAGAACUAGGUUUUCGUACUUAAUGGUUCUAAUCUGUUCUAGAUUUAAGUUUAACUUUAAAAUGUGAUAGAUUCCACAGAUAUUAUACUAGAUUUUAUUGUGUGUAAGUACGGGUGGCGUAGUUAGCUAACUUUAAGAUUGCUAUAAGUCGUGUGCAUUUAAAAGAAUUAGUUAUUUUGAAUAAUUUUGUCCAACGUCUUCCAUAUUGUAAGCUUCGAAUGGAGCCGCAGCACGGCUCACUUAUAUUUUUGAUAGGUCUCUACUUUAACAUUUUCUCUAUUUUAAUGGGUUAACUUUGUAAAUAUGAAACUGUACAUAUAAAGUAUAUUUGCUCUAAGCAUUUGGUGCCAUAAGUGAAAUGACUAUUAAGUAUUCCUUAUAAUCGAUAUUAAUGAGCGACCUAACAUAACGAAUAUAUCGUUUCACAGAAUAACAGCUUUUAUAUCUUAGUAUUAUAUUAUUUGUGAAACUGGGGAAACGAUUCGCUUAGUCUUGACCUAGAUUUAUUUUUGCUUUUGGCUUUGGAUAGGCUUUAAGCUUUUAGUUUAGAUUAUAAGUUCGAGGAAUAUAUUAAGCAAUAAGUACUGAACGUGGAAGUAGUCUCACGACUGACGUGAUCUUAAAAAUUUGCGCACAUUGAAUAUUUCUAAGCUGAAUGUGGUUUGACACUGAUUUGAUUUUGUGAUGUAUUUUUAAGUAUAUUAUCUGUAAUAAACGUUCGUUGACUUUAAUAUGUUGUAGAUAAUAAAAAUCUGCAAUAAAAAUGUUCAAAAUUAA